AUGGCAGCAAGGAGCAGAUGUGUUCUGCAGAGAGUUUGGAUUGGAUUCAGAUCUCAUAGUGUCUGCAGACCCAGUUUAACUUCAGCCUCCUGUCAAGGACGCCUGCCAAGAAAACCUCCAAUCAGACAUGUGAGCAGCUCACCCAGACUGGACAAGUCGGACACCCCCCCGAGCACAGGUACUAUAAUGACUGACCGCGUACGUGACCACACUUAAAUCAGGUUACAGUUGAGGAGAGACCGGGGCAACUGUAACCCACUCAACAUAACUAAACAGGUCAUAGCUAGGAUACUAUGACCUGCUUCAAAAGAGAGUGUCACCACAGAGCAGGUCAAUAAAAACAUGUUUUUGAGUGUAAGAGUCAUUUUUUCAGUAAUUACGGUAAUUACUUCUGCUGAAUCCUGAAUCACUUCCGUUCAUUUAAACUUGGAUAAGUUUCAUCUGUAGGCUACUGAAAAAAAAAAGACAUGAUCAACCCAUGUUGAUCAUGCUAUUGGUACCUGAUAUAUGAGAUCUCGUCACUCUUUUUACUACAUUCAUGGAACAGUUUUGUCUUCACUAGUUGAAAUACAGUGAUGGUUUUGAUAAUUAGAGCACAUUUUCAUGUGAGUUUAUAGGGUGAAAACUGCUUCAUGAUAAUUGUAAUAUUUUAUUAUUGUUGCAUUUAUUUAUUAGUAUGCUUUGUUUGUCAGAAUACAAGUAAGAAGCUGAGCUCUCCCGACAAUAUUAAAUUUAUAUGUGUGUGUUCACAUGGAAUUGUCCAUCCAACUUUUCUUUGGAUUGGGGCUGUCACAAUAUCAGAUGUUCACCUUAUGGUUACAAUGUCCAUGAAAUAUCACAAUGAGCAUAUUAUUGUGAUGAUUUUGGAAAACUUGUGAACAAGGCAAUCAGUCCAACUGAGGAAAGGCAGGAGAAAUUUGGAGCGGCUCAUAAAUUCGAACACCGUUAACUUGUAUAAUGUUCAACAUCAUCCACAUCAUGGCCUAGUCUUAUAUGGAAAAGACAUACAGUAGCUCUAUAAAAUGAUUGCUUGUCAUGCUUCUACAGCUUAUGUUGCGUAACGUCCAGCGUGGUAAGCAGACCAGAACUGAAUAAAAACAGGUAAAGAACCUACAAUUAUGAUUCCUAUUACUAUUUAAUUGACCUCUGGGGAUCAAUAAAGUUCUUCUUAUCAUAUCCUAUUGGAUCUUAUCUUAUCUUAGAAACAAGUUUGACUCGUUUGCAACCCGGACAAGCACAAGCACAAGCACACACUUUAAAGUUGUUUUUAGAUUCACAUUAAAUAUUAAAAUGUCCGGUUUUCAAAAGUGCCGAGUCGUUUCUCAGAGGAAGGCCUGACACAGCUAUCUUACUGGCAGCUGCUGCUUCUUUUUUGUCUCUGAUGUUUUAUGUCUUGUGCCAACCAGCCUUAAGGACUCAUAGACUUUAUAGAGUCACUACUACCACACUGAACUCUUUGUAUAUGUUGCACAAUAUGUCUGUAGCAAACAUAGCUAAUUCAGUCCUUUUUUAUUCAUUGUAAUUAUCAUUUGCUUUGGAAUGUUUAAUUUACAGGAAAAUUGUCAUUUAUUCACAAAAACUCCUGUUGUCAUCGCAGUUCCUGAUCCCUUUUGUGCUUUUUUCUAGGUCCCAGCAGUCUGUCCUUCAGGAGUCACACCUGUGGAGAACUCAGAUCCGAUCAUGUUGGGGAAAGAGUGACUCUGUGUGGCUGGGUCCAGUACCUCAGGUUUUCUUCUCUUUUUGUUGAUUCCGUUCACUAACUGAAAAAGAAUAUUUAUUUAGAUUUCAGGUAUCAAAAAGACCUUAUCCUCAAACUGUGGUUGUGAAAGGUCCUGAUAAGUGAGAGUGGAGGCUCCCCAGUAGUGCUAGCAGCUCUGAGAUGCUGUAUGUGAGAUGUGAGAUGAGAUGAGAUAUACUUUAAUGGAAAUUUGUCUUGGGCAAAAGUGCACUUAUUCCACAACAAAGGUUUACAAACACAGACAGACCCCACACAAUAGCAGCAUUGUACAAACAUAAUAGGUAGACAGACAACCGAGACCCUUCGAUUUACACGUCCACAUAGCAAGUUUAUUGUACACCAGUGUGUUAAUAUACUCACAGUGACAAACCUCAACAUCUGAUAGAAGAUUUACAUCCACUAUGUUGGUGGCAUCUUAGCAGACCAUCAAGUAAUUAAUUUGAACUGCAAAGAGCAGCUGAGACUGAUGGGAUGUUGUUAGUCUGCAGGUAUUUGGUUGUAAGCCAAAUCAACUGUUAGGUUAGUCAAAUUUAAACCUGAUCCCAGGGCUUGACAAAGUUUAGAUAACACCAAUAACUUUGAAAGCCAACCAGAGGGGCACAUCAGUGAAAUCAAACUUAUCUUAUUGAUGUUGGCUUAUUUUAGUGUCGGACAAAGUUUGUCCUUGUGUUGGACAGACUGACUGACAGAAAGUCUUACUUGGUCUCUGUUCCUGUGAAAUCCUUGAUUUCUAAGUCAAGCAUAUCUUUAUCACUCUAUAUGAAAGAAUAUCUAAAUGUCUAGUGUCAUUGAGAGCAUUAGUUGAUUAUUUGAGGAGAUUAUUAUUAUUAUUAUUAUUAUUAUUUGUCCUUAAGCAUCACCAGAAUGGGGAACUCUUACAAGGUCACAUAUAGCUCAGUAUUUUAUUAUUGUUUCUGCCUCUAACAGACAAGAUCAGUUUGUCAUCCUGCGAGAUUUCAGCGGCUUGACUCAAGUUUUAAUUCCUCAGGAAGACGUAAGGAUCAUCAUUAUUCCAUUUACAAGUUAAUUAUCAUCAUCAUUUCAUAAAAUGAUAAAGAUUUAAACAGAGUGUGGCACAGAAAAAAACGGUCUAACUUAAGGGUUCUUUUGUUCUCUUUCUGCCUUUAGUCUGCUGGUGAUUUGAAAGCUGCUCUGUGUGAUCUCACUGUGGAGUCUGUUGUCAAGGUGACAGGGACAGUCAGACGACGACCAGAUGGACAGCAGAACAAGGUGUGUGCUUCUGUGUGUUUAAUAAUCAUGAGCCCCUGCUGAAACAACACCCUCUUAUUGAUGUUAGCAAGUACAGCUGGAGUAUAACCCCAAAUCCAAAAAAGUUGGGACACCACACUAAACAGUGAAAACAAAAUAGUGUAAUGUUUGGAUUUAAAACCUUAAGUAUAAAACAAAAAAGUGCAAAAACAACACAAAGUUUCAAAAGUGAAAAGAAAUAAUAUUGUUUUCUGAAAAAUCUGGAUUGACUCAUUUUAAAUCUGAAGGUCUCCCUUGCCAUACCUUUUGUUUUAUGAUGCAGCAGUUGUUUUCAGUGGCUGACAACUCAGAACUCCAGCUGGUACAGUUUAGCACCUGGACUUUUACUACAGAAGACUACUGUUGUAAUGCAUGCAGAAUGUGGAUUGCCAUUUUCUUGUUGAAAUUUUCAAGAUCUCCCCUGACAAUGGCAUGGUCUCGGCGGUAACACAUGUUGCUGUUAAAGCUGUAUCUGUGUUCAGUGAAUCAGAAAGAUUUCCUUCAGACCACAAAGGAGAGUGCAGAGAAAUUGACUAUUUCCAGUAAACCAUCUGCAUCUCUGUGAAGAAUUUAGGGGGUAUUUGAAAAACUCUGAUAGAGAAACGUCUGCUUACCUCAUUAAGUAUUUGGUUUUGACUGCUCCAUCCUUUUCCUCUGCUGUGUCUGCAUAAACAGGCGAUGCCAACGGGAGAAAUAGAAGUCCAGGCUGAGAGUAUAGAGGUUUUUAAUUUGAGCCGCAAGCUGCCUUUUGAAAUCAAAGACUUUGUCAAAGUGGGUGGAAAAUAUAAAAUCCAUUUGCACCAUUUCGGAAAUGCCUGCAGAAUAACUUCAAUUGAUCACAGUGAUAAGCAAUUUUUUUCUUGUAUCAUGACACAGAAAUCAGAGGCACUGCGGAUGCAGUACCGUUACCUUGACCUGAGGUCCUUUCAGAUGCAGCACAACCUCAGACUGAGAUCUCAGCUGGUGAUGAAGAUGAGAGAAUAUCUCUGUAAUGUUCACGGUAUAGAGAGUUUGACUAUUUUUUUCUUUUAAUUCAUCCUUUACAAGAUAGUAGCAGACGGUGAACUUGACUUGAGCUUGGAAACACCUUUGUGGUACAGUCUUGAUGGUAGAGGCACAACUAAGCUCAACACUUUGUUUUUUUUUGCAGGUUUUGUUGAUGUAGAAACUCCGACCUUGUUUAAAAGAACUCCAGGGGUAAGAAGUUUUCAUCUUUGACUGAAUUCAGUUUGAGUGAAAAGUCACCCUACUGAAUUGAGCGAUCAUCAUGUUGCAUAAACAUGAGAAAAGUGCCAUCCAUCCCUGCAUUAGUCCAUCCAUGUAUUCAUCUAUCCAUCCACUCCUCAUUAAUGCAUGCAUCCAUCUGUCCAUCUAUCCAUAUUUAUGCAUCUGUACAUUGAUUCUUAACCGUCCAUUCGCUCAUUUAUCUGUAUCCAUCCAUCCAUCCAUUCAUCCAUCCAUCUAUUCAUUUAUGCGUUUUGAUGUUUUUUGAUCUUGUUGAUGUUCUUUGGGUUUUAGGGAGCAAAAGAGUUUGUGGUCCCAUCCAGAGAUCCGGGUCGAUUUUACUCUCUCCCUCAGAGUCCUCAGCAGUUCAAACAGCUGCUGAUGGUGGCCGGUAUAGACAGGUGUGUUACGGCUUCAGCAAGGUGAAACUGAAUGACUGAAGUUUGCUAUUUAAUUGAAUGGAAUUUCCCAGUACUGUGUGCAUGUAUCUGCACAUACCUUAUUCUUAGCGCCUACACACAGCUCCAUUUUGUUGUUUUCAAAGUAGAAAAAACGAUUGGAUUGGACAUGCUUCAAGCAGCUGAAUUUAUAAUUUCAUAUAACAACAUUUUCAAUUGGAUGCAAAGUUAAAAUGUCAAAGAUGAUUACUAAAAACACUGAGACAGGCACAGCAGAUGAUUGGGCGGGAAUCAUUCUGAGUUGUCAGGACCUUUUUCAAAGAUUUCAUCAGUGUGAUCUUGAAAUGGUUGUCAGAAUUUAGAGAAACAUUUUUUCUUAAAUGUUUAAUAAAUGUAAAUAUUGAUUUACAAUAUUUUAGAUUGUGUAGGCAGCUCUUACAUUUUUUGUUGUUCAGCUAUCAGUUGAUGUUCCAAUGUCCCUGCUUUUACUUCUUCAUCACAGUUUUGAGUAUCACACCUUACUUGGCUCUGUAAUAGGAGGAUGAAUUUAAUAAUACAAUACAAGAACUUAUCUCUUCCCAAAGGGGAAUUCAAUAUGGUGUUGAAACAAAGUUUAACCAAGCAAAAGAAAAGUGAAGUAUCGAACAGAUUAGCUGAGUAUGGUGCAUACUGUAUCUAACCCUAACUUUGUCCAUCAAAGAAAGAAUACAAGGAGAACACUGAGACGACAGACAGAUAAGAGUGAAGGAGUGAACUGUGUCUCUGGAUAGGUUCACACUGCAGCUAAAACCUCUCCAAACCUGAGACUUAUCUGAUGUUUUAUUGAUCUAGAGCUAAUAACUGAGAUGCAUCUGAAGUCAGCAGCCUUUGUAUUUUGCUUUUACCGUUUCAGGUACUUCCAGAUGGCCCGGUGCUACAGAGAUGAAGGCUCCAAACCAGACCGACAGCCGGAGUUUACCCAGGUAACUCAGCUUUCAUUUGACUUUACUUCAAGAGCUUAUUUGCAGAGACUGUGAAAACUGAAAUUCUUUAUUUUUUAAUCAUCUUUUUAUUGACAGAGUGCUUAAAAAGCAAAAUAGCACACUUGAAAUAUAAACUCCAUUCAGGUGCAUGAACAGCAUGACUAUACAAACAAAAUAUUGAAAAAUGUAGCACAGUGAAUUCCCUUUAACUUAUGCAGAGCACAGAGAUGUACAGUCAUUUUCCCGCCUCAGGCCUUCUGCAGUGUUACAAGGAGCAGAAAUGUAGUCACAAAAAAAAAAAAAGACAAAAAGAGAGCGAGAGAAAAGCAAACACAAAAGAAAAACAUCCACAUUAUUGCCAGGCUUUGUAAUAUUCACAGCUCUAGAUAUGUUUUGUACAGUAUGUUUGUUAACUUAAUGUUUUAAGUAAGAUGUAGUUUAGUGUUUUUAACAGAAAGAAGGAGAGCAGCAACCACACACAUCCUCUAUUCCUAAAAGUAGUGUCCAUUUUUCCUCAUUUUAAUAUACAUGUCUUUUCUUCAUCUCAGAAGGGAGAUAUUUGGUUAGAGAUAUUUGUCUCUUGUUAAGUCAUCUGGCAGGUCACCCUAAUAAAGAAAACAAAAGUUAAUGGUAUUGACAAUCCCAGAGUUUGUAACAUAAUGUUCAGAAUAUUUAACCAAAACUGUAGUCAUUUUGGACAGUUCCAGAAAAUAUGGCGGUGGUCUGCUUCAUCACUCUCACAGUUUUUUCCAACAGGAAUUACUUCUAGAUGUAGAAUAUUUUCCCAUGCCAUGUCACCUCCUUUUAAUCAUGAAUGGUUUUUACCUCACCAGGGGUUUUCUUUUAUUCCAAAUAACAUAGUGUUCUUUUUGAAUGUGUUGAAAACUCUUCUUCAUAAAGAUAGAAAGAGGUUCUUCAAUUAUAUAGCAGAAUUGACUGUCAUUAGGUCAUCAUUCAUAGCAGUGUGGUCAUUACUUUGAAUUCAACUAAUCUCUCUCAAGACAACAGCCGUGUAGCCGUGGUUUGUGUCAGUUUUAAUCUGUGCUCUCUCCAUGCUUUUCCUCUUCUCGUCUCUCUCAGGUAGACAUAGAGAUGUCUUUUGUGGACCAGGCAGGUAUCAUGUCUUUGGUUGAGGGUUUGAUCCAGUACUCCUGGCCCGUAGAGAAAGGUCCCAUUGAGGUUCCUUUCCAAACCAUGACUUAUGAAGAGGCCAUGAGGGACUACGGUGUGGACAAGCCUGAUACCAGAUUCAACAUGAAGGUAAUAUUUGCUAUGUGAUCGCCUUGGCUUUUCACUUGUCACUUUUUGCCAAAGUCUGGUUGCAAUCGUAUCAAACUGUUUAAAGUGAUCAUAAACUCGCAGUAAACCAGACAAGUUUUCACAACUAGUUAAACAAGGUGAGGUUUGUGUGUUAUUCAUCUGUCUUGGAUGGUAUCCUCUGAGAGAUGUUUAGCAUAACAUAUCUUUUCACUGUUAUGCAGACGACACACAGAUCUACCUCCCCCUUGAGCCUAAUAACUACAACAAACUAUGACCUUAAUAACUGUCUUCAUGACAUCAAAUCCUGGAUGGCUGCAAACUUUCUCCAGCUCAAUGAAAACAAAACCAAAGUUAUUCUAUUUGGACCACAGCAUUUGACCAACAUUAUCACCCCUCUUCUUGGCCCUUUGGCCCCCUCUGUCAAAUCACAUGGUAAAAAUCUUUUUUGUCAUCUUUGACUCAGGAUUAAAGUUUGACAAACAAAUAAAUCAGGUCGUAAAAUCAAGCUUCAUGCAGCGCCGCAUCGUCUCAAAAAUCAGAUCAUUUCUUACUACUUCUGACCUGGAAAAAGUCAUUCAUGCCUUCAUAUCCUCUCGCCUCGACUAUUGUAAUGCAUUAUAUUUUGGUAUCACUCAGUCUGGUUUAUCUCGUCUCCAACUAAUUCAAAAUGCAGAAGCCAGAGUUUUAACCAGAGCUAAGAAGAGGGAACACAUUACUCCCAUUCUUGCCUCCCUUCACUGGCUGCCUGUUAGCUAAAGGAUUGAGUUUAAAACCCUGAUGUUUGUUUACAAAGUGUUGAAUGGUCUUGCCCCCUCUUACGUGACAGAACUCUUGUCCCCAUAUCACACAAUGAGAGAACUAAGAUCGUCUGACCAAAGACUUCUGUCAGUCCAACGAUCCAGGACUAAGUGUUAUGGGGACAGGGCUUUCUCUAUCGCGGCCCCAAAACUGUGGAAUUCUCUUCCUCUCUCCAUCAGUUUCUCCCCCACCAUUGAAAUUUUUAAGACUCAACUUAAAACCCACUUUUGCUCCCUAUCAAUCAAUCAAUCAAUCAAUCAAUCAAUCAAUCAAUCAAUCAAUCAAUCAAUCAAUCAAUCAAUCAAUCAAUCAAUCAAUCAAUCAAUCAAUCAAUCAACUUUAUUUCUAUAGCACAUUUAAAAGAACCACGGGGGUAGCCAAAGUGCUGUACAUUGUGACAUAAAAGCAAAAACUGUCCCUAACUUUUAUAGCUCAACCAUUCCCCUGUCGGUUGGUAGAUUUGUGUUGUCAUUAUCAUUGUUAUUAUUAUUGCUGCUGCUAUUGUUAUUAUUAUUAUUGUUAAUUAUUAUCACUAUCAUGAAUAAUGAUGAUAGUGAUGGUAUUGAAAAUAUAUUUUUACUGCUAUUGUUAUUAUUAUUACUUUCACUCAGUCUGCUCUUCUUCAUCGUCUGUUUGUUCUCUUCUUUUGAUUUGUUUUUCCUUUGUGUUGUUGUGAAGCACUUUGGAUCAAAUGCUAUAUAAAUAAAGUUGAGUUGAGUUGUUAUAAACACACCAAUUUGUUUUAGUGUGUUGAUGCAAAAACAACAAACACAGGAGAAUAAUAGAAUAAAAAAGACAAGUAUAACAGUAAGAAACAUGUUCACAGCAAAUCUGCAGCUGUCAAGAUACCUCAAAUAGAAAAAAAUGAGAAUAAUUAUUGAAACAGUUUUAAACUACAUAAAUGUUGCCUGAACAAAAGAUAUGCCGAAUGUGACGUUUCACUCGAAGGGCCCAAAAGCAGGAGCGUAGUAGGUUUGAUUAAAAAAAAAAAAAACAGAAAGGCUUUACGGAGACAGAGUAACUGAAAUGACUAGGAGUGGGAGGGUUGCUGGCUGGCAGUGGAGGCACUGAAGGUAGUGUGGAGAACAAUGUACAGACAGGAGACACGGGUUUCGAAAAGCAGAACCCACUUAAAACCUUAAAAUCCACUUAAAAAAAUGUGUUCAAGCCAUAGACUGUAUAUAAGAUGGACAGAGUCUGCCUCCUCGCUGGGUGAAGCCACUCCGAGAACAGCACCCUCUGAUGGUGGGCUGCAGUACAGGUCAUAAAUCCCGCCUCCGCCAGCAAAGCUUAUAGGACUGUGGACAAACUUUAGAAAUUUAUUACACAGAACAUAAUUUUUUCUCCCCCCUGGUUGUGAUGUUGACAUGUAGUUAUUGUAAGACUGGUUUGUGCCCAAGUCCUUUUUUUUCUGUACAGCUCCGUUUUUAAAAGUUAUUAGGGGGUUCAUGUUUUCUAUGAUUGACACCUGGUACAGCCUAUGGGCGUUCAGGGAUUCCGUAGCUCUUCCGGGGGAAUACGCUGUUUGACCCGAGCGUCAUCACAGGGACUCUCGGCGACUGCGCGGCCGAAUGCGCACAACGCUACUGCACAGCUCUGGUUUCAAGGAAGCGGAGAAAAACACGGAAUUACCGAGAGCCGUUUGGCUUCAAAUCCGUAUACAGGCGGAAGGCGGAACCACGGCGUCCAUCUUAUAUACAGUCUAUGGUUCAAGCACACAAUAUAGAGUCUGGAUACCGCUGUGAGACUGGGGCAAACUGGCAGCUUACAGGAGCCUGCGCUGUCCAUGAUCAGUGGCAGAGUGAAAGCCUCCUGACUAGCCACUGCUGCACUGAAUCUAAAAACACUCAAACUCCCCAAUACACACACACACACACACACACACACACACACACACACACUGACAAAGGUCUAAGCUUUUUUUUUUUUUUUAAUCUUUUCGUAAUAGAUAUUAAACUGAACUUGUACCGAAAGAUAACUUCACACUGUGGGGUUAAUUAUUCCUCUGUUUGACAAAAAAAAUUGUAUUGGUCAGUGUAAUUAUCCUUUGCUUUAUGUUCUUCACCUCACUAAUCAAACCGUAAGCUUUUGUUAAUGAGAUCUAAUGUACAGCUAAAAGUAGAAGUUUUCUGUCAGCUCUCUGUUCAGGAGGGUGUGAACCUGUCUGUAAGCAGCAUUUUAUUCAUUUUAUUUUAAAAGCACAAAUUUCCUUUACUCUGUCUAAAUCUAGAUCUUGACCUUCUUAUGUUCUGUCUGUCCAUCCAGCUGAUCGACCUCAGUGAGAUUUUCUUAUCUACAGAGAUUCAAUUCCUCAGAUCAGCUGUCAGCCAACCAGGAGGCUCUUUUCAGGCCAUCUGUGUACCUGACGGAGCGGUUAGAAUGAAACUAUCUACUACAUUUGCCAAAACAUUCAGUCCAUACAUUCCAAAGCCACCUUCACUUGUACAAAUGAUAUUAUUUUUUUUAUUUUUCUAUGGCAGAAGCUGUUGGCAGGAAAAGAUCUAGAAAACCUGAAGCAAACAGCAAAGACUCACUUUGGCCAGGUGGGUUUCUCUGUGCUUUUUUCACUCUUGUCCUACACUCACAUUUUUUGUGAAAUGAUUUUUUGUGGAAGAUAUCUAUGUUUUGUAUUUUAAUACCAAUAAUCAAAGAGGAGGUUAUGAAGACGUGACAGAAAACACAAGAAAUCAGGAUUGAAGUAAAAUGAAUGAAUGCAAGAAAGAGACUCAAUGAUCAUGAAACAUCACAACCUGGGACCAUGUGUAUUUAUUUUUAAGUUGAAGUACAAAAACACAUUAUCCUGCAAAACUCUGUGGUAGCCCUGUAAUAAAAAAAGAUCUCACGGAAGCUGGCAAUAGCUAUAUUCCUCAGAAAAUCUUUAAGCUUCAAAUCUUAAGCAUUUCCCUAUUGAAGCAUCUACCAAACUGACAGAUCCUCUUUUGUUAUAGUAUGAAUUGUUUGGAUCUUUAUUUUCAUUGUGUUUAAUAGUGUUUGCAUGUCUUUGCAGAAGAUUUUGAAAAGAAAAAUAACCAUAUUGACAACUGAUUUUUGACUGAGCUCAUGUUGAUGUUACAGAGAUACAGUAUUUUUCCGACCUCCAUCAUAAACUGUGUGUCUUUUGUGCUUGAUUAUCAAAAGGAGCUCACUCUGGUGCUCGUUAAAGCAGAUGGGACAUUAAAGUCUCCCUUGAAAAAGCUGCUGUCUCCCUCAGACACUGACAGGAUCCUUCAGAGGACUGCAGCCAAACCUGGAGACCUGCUGCUGACAGCUGCUGGUUCCUCUCAGACUGUGGUAAAAGACUUUAAAUCAAGGGUUUAAUGUUUCAUACAGAAUUCUGGAUUUUCCAACCCUUGAAUCAUACAUUACGAUGUAUAUUAAAUGAAGUUGAUAUUAAACGGCACAGUAAAAUACAGCAGAUUUCAGAACAGUUACAGGCUUCAAUUUGAUCAUGGCCUACUUUCCAUGCUAAUAUUUGUGAUGAGUUAACCCUCAGUUCCUGUUAAUUUUAAGCUCCAUCCAGCCUACUUUGUCCCCAAAACAGACAUGCAGAUAUUUGUUCAUAAAAUAAUCAAUUUUUAAACAUUUUUCUUACUUUUUUGACCCAAAUCUCUUCAACCCCUGACCAUUUAAAAAAUAUUAUGAAUAAAAAAAUUGAUGUUGCGCUCUUUUUAUGCCAGUCAUUGUGCACCAUGUCACUGUUAUUUUUAAUGGUAAAAACACAAAAUCGCCAUACUUCCAAUAUAAAAUGACCAAGAUGAUUUUUUUUUUUUGAAAAUAGAGUCUGGGCCCUGUCAAUGGUGAGUAGUAAAAUCAAUUUUGGUGUACUUAAAUUUUUUUUGUAGUGCCAAUUUCAGCAUUUUAUCUCCAUCCAGCCAACUUUGUCCCCAAAACUGACAUGCAGAUAAGCGUUCAUAAGAUAAUAUAUGUAUAUUUUUUUUACAUUCUUUCUUACUUUUUUUUUUGACUCGAAUCUCUUAAACAAUUUUAUACCUAACCAUUGUAAAAUAAAUAAAGGAUUUUGUUUUACACCCUUUUUAUGCCAGUAAUUGUGCACCAUGUCUUCAUUUGUAUUUAUUGAUAAAGUGUGUGUUCUAAACAGCUGAGUCUGUUGAAGCGGAAAAACACACCAAUUUUACCUCCUUUUCUUGAGGCUCAUCCUCUUCCAAAUCAAAUGUGAGUGAAUUCAUUUGUUCAUGUUAAAUUGAUUUUCUAUAUAGGCAUAUAAAAUCAGAGGAUAUAUGUAAGAUAGGAAUCAUUUACAUGUGGUUAUCCACCUCUAACCAAAAUAUGACCGCAUUACGCUGAUUGUGCGCGUAUAAAAAAUAACUGCAUAUUUGAGAUGUGAUAUCUUGUCGCCUAAUAAUCCUAAGGACCUGUGCAUCCUCAUGCAUGUCCAUCCACUUGCUCUUAAGUGAGGGCAAAGUUGAAAUUGUCCAAAUGUCCCCCUCUCUUUGUCCCACACUGCAGAACUUGGAUGUCACAUCUUUGACUGUAAAAACUUUAUAUUAUAUGCUGGCACAAUCUCUUGUAUCACUGUCGGAAAGUAAAAUUUAGAGCCCUGGUGGUCAGGUGACUGCAAAAAAAAAAAGGUUGCAAUAUGUUGUUUUGGUGCCAACAAAGUGUACCGCAUCAAAAACAAAGCAAAACAGAUAAACAUGAACAAAUGCAUAUUCCUUGUCUCUCCAUCUUAUUCUUGCAGCGACCGUUGCUGGGUCACCUCCGCCUGCACUGUGCACAGCUCCUUGAGUCUCGUGGCAUUACAGUCCGUGACCCCGCAGCCUUUCAUUUUCUGUGGGUUGUGGAUUUUCCUCUUUUCUUGCCUAAAGAAGGGGAGCCAGAGCAACUGGAGUCUGCCCAUCAUCCCUUUACUGCUCCACUGCCAGAGGACAUGGAGUUACUGUACACAGAGCCGCAGAAAGUAAUUGCAGGGAAUCACUUAACACCUUUGUAACAUCUUUCUCAUCAUUGUGAUAUUAAUUCUUAUUAUGCAGAGUUGGACUUUCUUUGAUGUAUUCACAGGUGCGUGGUCAGCACUAUGACUUAGUGCUGAACGGCUGUGAAAUUGGAGGUGGCUCUAUCCGCAUCCACAAAGCCUCCAUACAGCAGUAUGUCCUAAACAAUAUCCUUAAGGUAUGUCUGUUUAUUAUUUUGUCAAUGUUUUUCUGAAAUCUGGAAUCGAAUAUGAUCAACUGCUGACCAUGACACUGUCUGACCUGUUUGUGUUGCAGGAGGAUCCCAGCCUUCUCUCCCACCUGCUGGAGGCUCUGGAUUCAGGAGCGCCUCCACAUGGUGGCAUUGCUCUGGGUAAGGUGAACUCUGUACUUAACACCAGAAUAUUUAAGUAAACACAGGGACUGGGACUUGAAAGACUAUUUUUUAGUUACCUAUUUGUCUCUGAUUAAGAUCACUUUGGUGAAAGUGUAACACUCUACUCUUGUCUGAGACAUACUCUCAGUUUAAAGUCAUUGAUCGUCAGAUGUCAGAAAACAGGCUCUCUCCAGACUAAUGCAUCCAAAUGUAGCUGACUUUGAGAAUGUUUCACAACCCACUUCCAAAGAAGUUGGGACAAUGUUUGAGAUAUUGAUAAAAAUAUAUAUUGGCAGUUUGCAAAUUAGUCGACCCUAUCAUCAGUUUUCAAGAGUGAUUAAUUUUCUAUCUAUUUCUGCUACAGAAAACACAGUUCUUGAGCCAAAAGGUAAGAAUGGUUUAUUACAUUUUGAAGAGAUCUUGUUUCUCUUCUGUGUUUUUGAAGGUUUGGACCGGCUGGUUUCCAUCAUGGUUGGAGCGUCCAGUAUACGUGAUGUUAUUGCCUUCCCUAAGUCAUUCAGGGGCCACGACCUUAUGAGCUGUGCCCCUGAUUUUGUACCCGAAGAGGAGCUUAAGUCUUACCAUAUCUCUGUCAACUGGCUGACAAAACAAAAAGGAGGAGGAGAUGCGGGGAAUAGAAGUGAGGAGGGAGAAGAAAGCGGAAUGAAAACAUGUCAGUGA